AUGGCCGCCCUCAGAGAAAUGCCUCGGGUCGGCCGUCAGCUUCUCAGUACCGCAUCGCAUUUGAAGUCUAGUCCUGUGAGCCUUCAAAGAUGUGCAUCUACCGAAGCCACUGCGUCUGCGCCGAAUAUCCCCGAUAUCGAACAAGACUCUGGUUUAGCAGUUCCAAUUGUCAAGAGAGGGGACAUAAAAGUCACAGAUCCGCGGAGAAGAGCGAGUCGUAGAAAUUAUGAGCUUCCGCAUGAAAGAUAUCGAUUCCGUGCUCCAAAGUACUAUCGAGGACCUUUACAUCCAGUCCAACCGCCUCCAUCAUCAGACCCGAUCGCUCGAGACUUCUCCCCUGGACCUUUUAAUCUUCCACGAUUGAAGCAGACCUACCACUCUGCAGUCACUUCCGAUCUUUUGACCCUAUUGUACCAACACACACCACCAGGUACGGCUGAUAAACCCGAAAGGAUAAGAUUGCGAGAAUGGGACGAUUCGUCACCCUAUAUGAAGAACCGACCUAAGCGAGGACCGCGAGGUCACGAUGUGCUUUUCCCGCUCGAGAAGGAUAUUACAUGGCGCAAUAUUCCCGAGAUUAAGGCAGUACAUUUAGCUAUGUACAUGCCCAAAGCGAAAAAGAAUCCUGAUCAUAUUACUGUUGGUCGCGCAGUACUACAAACUAUCACAGGUGUCCGUACCACAGUCACCAACACGAAGACCAGCGUUGCUCAGUGGGGCAUUGUCAAGGGUGAUAGGUCAGGUGUGAAAUGCUCGAUAUAUGGUGAUCAGGCAUACGAGUUCAUGGACAAAGUCAUCCACCUAGUAUUUCCAAAAAUCAAGGAUUGGAGGGGUAUCAAAGGCACUAGCGGUGACAGCACUGGUAAUAUAAGUUGGGGUUUUGAAGCCCAGGAUAUGCUAUAUUUCCCGGAAGUUGAAGCAAACUAUUCGUUGUAUCCUUCCAAGAUGAUCACUGGUUGCCGCGUCACCCUCGAAACCACAGCAAAAUCAGAUAGACAUGCUAGGCUUCUCUGCAUGAGUCUAGGAAUCCCAUUUUACGGCAAGUUAGUAGAUUAGGGUAUUAUACCGAACCUAUCAAUCUACCAUUUGUACAUAUAUCAUCAUAUCACGUCAAGAUGCCAUAGGCUGCUAUCAACGCAGUUGUACAAUACAAAAUAAAAUGAAAUAAGAGUUAAAUCGAUCAUGAGGCGUCAUUUUUAU